AUGAAUGCCACAUCGGCACUUUACACUACUAUCUCAUCCCACAACACAAGGUCCUACGGUCGAUUGACGCAUUCAGUCCUAGGCACUCAUCACGAAGCAUUGGAGGGCAUCACCGGGAGCAACUUUCUGGAAUGGCGGCGACUUUACGGCACACAUUAUUACUCCUUGCAUCUCCUUGCCGCCUAUUUCACAAAGUACCCUGAGGAUGCCAACAAGGUCGUACUCUCGAUAAAAUCGGGGUUCAAGACCGGUUUUGAGAUUGAUGGUAACCCAGAACACGUCCGCGAUCGAGUCAAUAACUGCAACAGGAUCCUGGCAGGCACGAAGAAGAUUGACAUCUUCGAGUAUGCUAGGGUGCCAACUAAUGUUGAUUUCUUCAGUGUGACGCUUAAAGAGCUACAGAAGUGUGUGGAGGGACUCAUUGGAGGCAUAGGCCUCAGUGAAGUCACAGCGGCUACUAUCAACAAAAGUGCAGCAAUCGCAAAGAUUGACGCUGUAUAUUCGCCGCUUGGACGUGGGAUGUUCACCGGCCAGAUCAAGUCUGCGGAUGACAUCUCAGAGGGCGAUUUUCGUAGGAGGUUCCCGCGUUUCCAACAGGAGAACUUCCACCACAACAUAGAGCUAGUUCAGCGACUCCAGGAGGUGUCCAAUAGAAGUAGAUGCACACCUGGGCAGCUUGCAAUUGCAUGGGUGAGGCAGGCAGGAAAGACAGUGAAGCGAAGCCCUCAGAUCCUGCCCAUUCCGGGAGCUACCAGGAAGGAGAGAGUCGUCGAGAAUUGCAAGACCGUCACGCUCGACAAGAGUGCACUGGCGCACAUUGAGAAGGUAGAAAGCAUCAGGAUUGGCACUGGUUCCAAUAUGACCGUGGUAAUAUAUUUACAUAUAAGUUAG